AUGUCGAAGGACAGUGGCAGCAACCCUAUGCCGAACGAUAAGGGCAAAGGCCCUGAACUGAAUCUGCUCAGCGCUUUCAAAAGAGGUGCUCGUCUCUCCGCCGCUAGCUUAAGAGUUCCUCUGUCCACUUCGUCGUGCUUCACCCAACCAGGUGCUUCUUCAUCCACUAAGUUCGGCCAACCAUGGGCACCUUCUCAGCCACUUGGCGUGUUGAACAUGAUGACGUGUCCAAUACGUUACUCUGAGUUCAUAGAGCUCCUCAGAGACAUCGAUACCUAUCAAAAGGAUGAGAAGGAGAGAUCGUUGUUACAAAUAGGAUCAAUGAUCACCACAAACAACUACACUUUCCUGGAACUGGCCCAAGACCAAAUCGGCUCACGCUCGUUACGAGCCCUCAUUACACGCAACCAGAUAUUAGAUGCACUCUUAUUUGACUCCAUCCGCAUGAACUUCUGGUCGCUCAUGAACAGCAACUUUGGUCGUCACUUGAUCGUCACCAUGAUACGAGCCGUCGAUAAACCCAAGAAGGAGAUCCUAUACAAGCUCACGUAUGACAACACUCUGGAACUUGCGAAGCAAGAAACCGGUUGUAUUGCCCUAAACGAAGUGUUUGAAGAGAUCAGAGGCCCAUUCAGAGACCUGAUCUUCGACCUAAUCGCGCAAAACGCCGGCUGGUUAUCUUUUGAUCCUUACGGAACACACGUGGUGCAGAACAUUCUGAAACUUCAUAUCCCGUCUGCAACACAAACAAUCGCCGAGUCUCUUGAUGGAAUGUUCUUCGAGUUAGCAAUGAAGAGACACGGAAGCUAUGUGGUGGAGAAGUGCCUGAAUUCGGUGUUUGCGAGAGAGAAAGUGUUGGCGGAGUUUAGAGUCAAUGAUAAAGAAUGGGUAAGAAUGGCGAAUGAUAAGUUUGGCAACUUUGUGGUACAGUGUGCGUUGAAAGUGAUGAAGCAGAGUGGAAUGACAGAUUUGCUAAGAGAGUUUGUGGGGAAGCUAAGACCUCACUUUGGGGAGAUGAAGAAUGGGUUUGGCAAGAACACUUUGAAAGUUAUUGAAAAAGACAUUGGGUUGAGGAUUCUUGGGCUUCCAGAUCAUCUGCCGGGUUUUUUCCCUUGA